GUGUGUUAUUAGUUGGUGAAGUAUAAGCAGUAUAUACACAGGAGGAUUUUGUUACAGAAUAAUACUUUCUGGUAAAAACGUUAGAACGACACUAGACGAAAUUUGAACUUCAUUGCAAGUUGUGGUCAGCAAAAGCAAACGAUGGCUGAAGCUAAAAAAGACCUAAAUAAACUCUUGGAACACUUAGUGGACAUAAAUAAAGAGCUAGAAAGAAAAAUAAGGAAACUAGAUCAACAGGUCAAUUUGAAAACAGAGGAAUGUAUAAAAAAUUAUUCUCAAGGAAAUAUAGACGAAAUAAAAGUAGUGGUUGCUCUGGUGAGGAAAACAAAUUCUGCACUGCUGGAUCAUAAAAAAAUUAUUUCAGAUGUAAAAAAGAAACUUGAUGAGAUAAAGACAAGACAAGCAACACAUGAAGCAGUUGACUGUGGACGAAGUUUAACAAUGAAAUUAAAUUUGACGGACACAACUUGUACGUCAGCUGAAAACGACCAUCAAGGAAACGAAAAUGAAAUAUUAGAAAUAAAUAAAAAGAAAAACACAAGUUUAGAAAAGAGAAUUGAGCAUGUUGAAACAGAAUUAAAUUCAGUCAAAGAUACAAAACAAAAAACCGAGGAUGAUUUCGAAUAUGAAACAGUGGAAAGAAAGCAUUUUAGAAAAUAGAAUUAAAUAUAUUGAGGACAUGAUUUCUACUCUACAAAAAGCGACAGAAAAAAUGAAAGAACAGUCUGUAACAGAAAAGUGUGACAUGGAUAAGCAAAUACUUCAAGUGACGAAAAAAACAAAAAAGAAAUUUAAAAACCUCCAACAGAAGAUGAAUUUACAGAAUGAUAUAAUUCACGAGCUACAAAAUAAAGAAAGCAUUUGCUUACCAGAAAUUAACGACUGGAGAGACAAAUCCAUAUCUGAACAAAGUGAUUUACUGAUCAAAAUGAAACAGCUAUCCGAUGAACAAAAAGAAAAUUAUUUAAAUCUAAAACAGCAGUGCACAGAAGAAGAAAUUAAAAUAGGUGAGAUGAGUCAGCUAA